UAUAUAAUAACAAUAUUUUCGGUUACUGCUUCUGAGUUCUGGCCCUUUAAAUCAAAUAUAUUCCUGGAUCUUUCAAAGCCUGUAAAAAUCAAUUAUCUCUUUUCUCAAUGGAAACUUUCAUCAACUCGGUGACUCGUUUACGUGUGACUCAGUUUAUCUUAACCAUAAUAAUCAUAACGAUUCUUCUAUACGCGCCAACAUGGCGGUGUAGCGCAGCCGCCGUUACCACUACCCAGCUAGAGCUGCUCAAAGGGUUCAAAGCGACACCGGACCCAUCAUCAACGACGUCGUUUCAAGCUCUCCUUCAAGACUCGUCUAACAACUUCGCUUUGGGUUUCCUCCGAAUCAACGAGACCUUACUAACUGUGGCUGUGAUUCAUUUGCCAUCUUCGGAGCCUCUAUGGGCGGCUAACCCGACCCGAUUAUUAGCCCCGUGGUCCGACUCCACUCAGCUCAGCUUCAAUGGUAGUCUCGUGCUUUUGGAUUCUCAUCGGUCAAGGGUAUUUUGGUCAUUAGGAAUGGAAGGAGAUCGAGUUGUGUUACUCAACUCGUCCAAUCUUCAAAUAGUAGAGGGCGAGUCGGUGACUCAGUCUGUUAUGUGGCAAAGUUUUGACUUUCCAACAAAUACGCUUGUGGAGAACCAAAACCUCACAGCUAAAAUGGGGUUAGUUUCGUCCAAUGGGCUAUACUCCAUGAGAUUAGGAGAAGACUUUUGGGGCUUAUACGCUGCGUUUAGACAUGGGUCGGAGCAAAUCUAUUAUAAGCAUAAAGCCAUGGAAGCCAAAGCGGAGAUUGUUCAAGGAAAAGGCCCGAUUUACACCCGAGUCAACUCGGACGGGUACCUGGGCAUGUACCAACUCGGGACCGGACCCCCGGUUGACGUGCUACCUUUCACCAGCUUCCAAAGACACGUGAAUGGACUCCUCCGGGUCCGGUUAGAACCGGACGGGAAUCUGAAAGGGUACUAUUGGGACGGUUCUAACUGGGUCUUGAACUAUCAAGCGAUUACCGAACCGUGCGAGCUUCCCAGUCCGUGCGGGUCCUACGGGUUUUGCAAAUCCGGGUCGGGUUGUUCUUGUUUGGAUAACCGUACGGAUUUCGGAUCGGGUUCGUGCUUUCGGGGCUCUUCUUCCGGAGACUUCUGCGGCGAUGACGUGGCUAAGAAUAACUUUUGGGUUUUGAGAAGAGAAGGUGUGGAGCUGCCGUACAAGGAGUUAAUGAGUUACGAAACGACGUCGUCUCUUGCGCAGUGUGAGAGUUUGUGUGAGCGGAGCUGUAGUUGUUGGGGAGCGGUUUACAGUAACGGAUCCGGGUUUUGUUACACGGUGGAUUACCCGAUCCAAACUUUGUUGAGCGUUGGGGACCUGAGUAAGAUGGGUUACUUUAAAGUGAGGGAAAGUCCAGGGAGACAUAGGGUAGGGGUGCUUUUUAGGGCUAUGAUUGGGAUGUUGACUGGGAUAGUUGCUGUUGUGGUGGGGUUUAUUGGGUUUGUGAUAUAUAAGACGUGGAUGAAAAGGAAAGGAGAAAAAAGGUUAUUGGAAGAUGAAACGGGUGGGGUUUCACCUGGCCCGUAUAAAGAUCACGGCUCCGCAAGUUUUAGAUCAAUAGAAAUGUGUAGCAGAUAGAUUUAGAUUUAGAUUUUAGAUAAAAAUAAUGAUUUGAGAAAAAUGAGAAUGACGUAAGGGAUGACAUUUUUUGGUUUGGGUUUGGAGAUUUUUGAUUUGACUGACUGAUAUGUUGGGUGGUAAUUGGAGUUUAGUGGUUUGUGGGACCCGGUUAAUCUUUGUUUUAAUUGUUCUUUUAGUGAGGUGCACCCUAUAUCACCCUCCACCCAAAUGAAUGUCUAUCGUUCUAGUAAUAUAUAGUGUAUUGUAUAGUGAUCUUUAAAAAGUUUACAAGUGCGGAUUUAGAAUUGCA